UCGCGGGAAAAUUCAGCUAGAGAGGCUCAGAAGAGGGAUUCAUCAUAUUUAAAGACUCAUCCGUGAGACCAGAAGCAGUCAUUUGAAUCUUAGCACUUGAGAUAGUUGGAAGUAUAUUUAAGUGAAUUAACUAACGUGUGAAUAUAAUUGUGAUUUGUGUCAGAAUCAUCUGUGUUGUGAUCUCUGAGGAUUACUUAAUGCCAUCUCAAAGAGGAUUUCAGUGUUGUUGAUUUGUUUUGCUCUACAAAAAUGAGAGGACUUUUAGUGAUCUUUUUGGUGAUUUUGUGCCAAAUUUCUAGUGUUUUUCCUGAUGCUGCAACGGAUUUUAACAAUGUUAAUCCUGAUGGGUCAUUCAAUUUUGGUUUGAGCACCAACGACAACGGUGGUCACUAUCAUAUGGCCAGUGGGAAUCCCAAGACAAUCAUCAGAGGACGAUAUGGAUCCAGGAAUCCCUCAACGAGACGGAUUGAAGAGACUGUCUACACAGCUGGUCCGCGUGGAUUCCGGGCACGUGGCCCGUCAAUUGCGAGAAAAAUGGAUCUUUCACAGAUCCGCAGGGGUCCUAUUGGGAGCCCUGAUGAUCCUCUAGCGGAUCCUUUUGAUGAUCCCAGCUACAGUUUCGGCUUCAAAACACCUACCUACACUCGCCAGGAAGAUGCAGAUCCCAAUGGCCGAGUCAAGGGGUUGUAUUCCUUUGUGGAUGAUGUUGGGGAGAAGCAUCUUGUCCGAUAUGCAGCAGGAAAAGAUGAAGGAUUCAAUGUAAUCAACUCUUUUCCUGAUGCACCAAAUUAUGUAAAGUACAGUUCACAGCUGUACAAGUCUCCCAAUAAAAGAGCCAGGGGUAGAAUAGCAAUGCAACGAGGACCUGGAGGCCAAUACAACUUCAUCUCAUCUGGACCAGAUCAGAGGAGGUCUGAAAGUAGUGGUCCUGAUGGUAUAGUUCGCGGUUCUUACUCAUAUCUUGACGAUAAAGGUGUUCAGAGAACAGUUCAAUACAUCGCAGGUGCAGGAAUAGGCUACAAAAUUGUUCAGAGUACAACAGGUCCUGGAACUCAUAAUCUUCCUCGGCCAGCUAUUCCUGAAUUUGGUGUCCUUACUCCAGAGUCUAACGAUUUAGGUCGAGAUACUCCACACUUUAAUGACGAUGGUGUUUUUACAACAGCUUCAACUGGCCAUGGUGUGACUCCUAGGCCUUCUCGCCCGUCGCCCAGACCCACCCUUGGUAGUCCGUCUUUGGGUGAUGUGGGUGGAUAUGGCGAUAAUGAUUUGGGUGACGAUGGACCAGCGUUUUUUGAUGGGAAUAACAAUGCUUAUGACAAUGUGCCAGAUGGUAGGGAUCCCAAUGCCAUCGUCCCAUUACCUCCGCGUUCUGGAAGACCUCCCUACCGACCACGAGGAAGAGGCAGUACCCCAGCUAGACGUAGUUCAGAAGAAGAUGAUUAUACAGAUCUGCCAGGAGUUACACCGAGCAUAAUUGAUGCUACUGGUACGGAUUUGGGGGAUGAAGAUGGUUUCGGUCCAGGUCCAAACCCUAGCUUCGAUCGUGAUCGUCCUCCCUUGCCAUCAGGAGUAGCCGUUAGGGCGCAUGUGCAGAAUAUUGACCUUAUUCCAGAAGGUGGAAGACCACCAUCCCCUGGGGAAGCCCUUCUGCUCGAUGAACAGCGAAAUCUGUGAUUAGAGACUCACCCAUAACCUGAUCAUUUAUCACUCAAUACUCUGUAGAUCACUGAAUGAAAUCUGACAGGGAUUUGGACCAGUGAUGAUACAUUGCCCUAGUGGCCUAGUGUUUAAAUUUGAUUUAUCUUACAGUGUCUUGCUUUCGUCGAUAAAUUUAAUUAUACAUUUAAUUAGGGUAUGCAUGUUUUUGUAAAGAAUUUUAAAAUUUAAUAUUAUCGCUAUAAAAAGAAUAAAUUUUAAUUUAAUAAGUA